GCGGAUUCGGCGCGGACACCGCAUGCUACUGGCUUUCCAGCAGAGGGUAGAUGCAGUUACUAUGUGGAAAAGAAGAAGCGAUUCUGUAGAAUGGUGGUGGCCGCCGGGAAAAGGUUCUGUGGUGAACACGCUGGAGCCGCGGAGGUCUGGUAUCGCCCUAACCUUCUGAGAGUCGACAAUAAGUUUACCGGAGCGGUCGGUGCUGGAACCCGGCCCCUCCCCUCUUUGACAGGUUUCUGCUUCUGUCCCCUGGAUUCUCCAGCUUUUACUUUAAUAAACGAAGUUCUGACCUACUUGUGGAGCGAUGAUGAGCCCUAGUGAUGAGCAUUGUUUUCUUUAAGUGAAACGCGAGCUGUGACACGUUCAUCUUGAUCCUACCUCGGGAAUGCUAGACUUUAGUUUUGCCCCAAACUGCUGCUCCUUAACUCCGUCCACCCUCCGCCUUCCUGAUGGAAGAAAAUGCUCGGAAAAGAAUCCUGUGUCCUUUAGAUCCAAAACACACAGUAUAUGAAGAUCAACUAGCAAAACAUUUGAAAAAAUGUAAUUCAAGGGAGAAGCCAAAACCUGAUUUCUUUAUUCAAGAUAUUAAUGCAGGCUUGAAAGAUGAAACAGAAAUACCUGAACAAUUAGUUCCAAUUUCUUCUCUACCUGAAGACCAGUUGGAAAACUUAAUUAAGAAACUGAGAAAAGCAAGUGAAGGUUUGAAUUCUACACUUAAAGAUCACAUUAUGUCCCAUCCAGCAUUAUAUGAUGCUCUUAAUGACCCUAAAAAUGGUGAUUCCGCAACCAAGCACCUGAAACAGCAGGCUUCUAUUUUAGGUAACAUUGAAAAAUUAAAGUUACUUGGUCCAAGAAGAUGCUUUGUUGAGUUUGGAGCAGGAAAGGGAAAAUUAUCUCAUUGGGUUGAUAUUGCCUUAAAAGAUGCUGAAAAAGUUCACUUCAUCCUGGUAGAAAAAGUGACCACAAGAUUCAAAGUAGAUGGUAAACACAGAAAGAAAAAUUCAGUGUUUGAAAGACUUCAAAUUGAUAUUCAACAUUUGUGCUUGAAUAAGAUUCCUGUACUGAGAGAAGGGAAACUACCUGUGGUAGGAAUUGGAAAGCAUCUGUGUGGUGUAGCAACAGAUCUUGCAUUACGAUGUUUGGUUGAAACCUAUGCUGCCAGUUUUGAGGAAAGGAAUGAAGAACCUUUAGCCAAACGCAUAAAGAAUGAUAAAACAGAAAAAGAAAUUAACACUUUGGCCAAGGAAGGAAAUGAAAAAAAUGUCCCAGAGAAGUGGACCCCUGUGGCUGGCAUUGUUAUUGCACUCUGUUGUCACCACAGGUGUGAUUGGAGACAUUAUGUGGGCAAAGAAUAUUUCAGGGCCCUAGGCCUUGGAGCAGUAGAAUUCCACUAUUUCCAGCGAAUGAGUAGUUGGGCGACUUGUGGGAUGCAGAAAACAUCUUUCGAAGCCUCAAAUAUUACCACAAAGAGAAAAGAUAAUCAAAAUGAUGAUAGCGAAGAGCAUGAUGAAGGAGGAUAUAGAGUCACAGAUGACAGCUCUGAGAGUUUGCCUGGGCUUCUUACUGUUGAAGAAAAGAAGAAAAUAGGGCAUCUUUGUAAAUUGCUGAUUGACCAAGGUCGAAUCCAGUAUUUACAGCAGAAGGGAUUCAAUCCUGCUUUACAAUACUAUACAGACCCUUUGGUAUCUUUGGAAAAUGUAUUGUUAACUGCUUUACCAAUUCAUUCUUCACCAGAAACAACUGCUUAAUAGCAAAGAAAUUUGAACAUCAUCUGUCUUCCACCAAAAAAAAUUUUUAAUUAUAUUUUUAUAUUCACAAAAAUAUAAUUUAAAUAGCAAAUAAUGUGGACUUUAAAACUACUGUGGCCUCAUUAAACUUUGGCAAUAACCUUGUUUUUUACUUCAGAGGUCCAAAUAAGUCAUCAGAUUCCCCAAAUAAUCCUCUUCGGCAGGGCAUUUUGAAUUACAUUAUUCAUCAGUAUUUAUAGAAGUUGGUGAAGUAAUCAAACAAUUGACUUCAUCAUCUGAAACACACAUAGUACAUCAACAUAUUAAUUAACAUGUUAAGUUUCUAUUUCUAUUUGCAUUUAUUUGGGAGAUAUAUUUUUCCUUUGAUUAUAUUUAAUAUUUUUUGUGUCUCAAGUUCAAAACAUAAUGACCAAUUGUCAAUUUAUAACAAGGGCCAACCUGAGAAUUUGGCAAUGUGAGGACUUCUUUUCUAUGCAGAUCUGGAGAUGAUAAUCAACUGUACUUUUUCUCAAAUGCAAACAGAUUCAGAGAUGUUCACAGUCAGUAAAUACAAUCACUUUCAGACUACCAGAGCCAUACCUAUAUUUAUAUACUAUUAGAAUUUUUCCAGGACAAACACCAAAACUAAAGAAAUAUUUUUAAGUAAAAAAAAAAAGUUUCACUUCAUUUUUGUGCUAUAAAAAUGAAAGUUUCACUUUCAUUUUUAUAACUAGAUUAUCUAGUUAUACAAGCAUAAACCAAAAAUUAAAUUUGAAAUUUGCAAAUAAUUUAUCAAGUUAACUUGGUAGCUUAUAUCUUUUACCAGGAGUUUUUUUUACAUAUGUAAGUUCAAACAUUAAGUAUGAUCUCUGUUUUUUGGAGAAAAUAAUUUGGACUAAAACAGAAAUCAGAUGAUGAAACCAAAACCUUCUCACACUUAGGCCUUAUUUAACUGAUAAGUAGUUUUUAUGCAGAAGCAAAUAUUAAACCAAACAUAUAGUAGGAAUGUUACUCUCACAUUUUAUCCAUGACUUGUUUAUGCAUUUAUUUGUAAACAUUUUCUUAAUUAUUGAUCAUAUGCCAAGACAAAGAUCUAGAAUUAUUAAUCUUAGAUAUUAUGAGAUUCUGAAAUAGCUAUAUGUAUCCUGUAGAAUUGUAAAUAAUUGAAAAAUUGUAGCCCAUUUUUCAUUUCAACCUUUCUACUUAUGUCUUGUCAAACUGCCUAGGUUCAAAUUCCAAUCCUAUCACCUCUUACUGUGUGACCCUUGGGUAAGCUACUUAAUCUCUUUGUGCCUCAAUUUUCUCCUCUUAAUGGGGAUGGCAGUAAUAAUAAUAAUAAUAAAACCUACCUCACAAGGUUGUUGUGUGCAUCAAGUAAGCCAACACAAGUAAAAUGCUUAGAAUGGUUCCAAGCACAAACUUAAGUACUCAAAUAUUAAUUACUAGUAGUAGUAAUCAUGGAUCUAUUUUUAACAACUUUAAUAGGAGGGCUUUUAUUUUAUCUCCUCUUUGUUUAAAUUGUUACUUUUUUUUUCUCUUCUUGUAUGUUCUAGGCCAAAUCUUAUUAAAGUAAGAUAGUGUGAUAAUUUUUUUAGUUACUCAUUUCCCCAGUCAAAAGAACAAGAUAUACAUCCUUCAAUAGUUAACCUCAUUUUAUUAUUAGAAAUAUUCAUUUGUAUCAUAAGGUUUAUUUUGUAUCAUUCAACAAUUUAUGCCCACAAAUAAAAGAUAUUCAACAACUAA